CUUUGGAAGCGCUUCCGGGACGGCGCUGUGGAACUUUUUUGGCGCGGCGGCCGGGAACUCGCGGCCCGCACUCAGCGUUCUGGGUCCUGGGCCGCCAUGCGCUACAACGAGAAGGAAUUGCAGGCGCUGUCCCGGCAGCCGGCUGAGCUGGCAGCCGAACUCGGCAUGCGAGGCCCCAAGAAGGGCAGCGUGGUGAAACGGCGGCUGGUGAAGCUGGUAGUCAAUUUCCUCUUCUACUUCCGGACCGACGAGGCCGAGCCCGUCGGAGCUCUACUGCUGGAGCACUGCAGAGUCACCCAGGAAGAGCCCAGCGGCUUCUCCAUCAGUUUCAUUGAGGACCCGGAGAGGAAGUAUCACUUUGAGUGCUACAGCGAGGAGCAGUGUCAGGAGUGGAUGGGAGCUCUUCGUCGAGCCAGCUACGAGUUCAUGCGCAGGAGCCUCAUCUUCUACAGGAACGAGAUCCAGAAGAUGACUGGCAAGGACCCCCUGGAACAGUUCGGCAUAUCGGAGGAGGCCCGGUUCCAGCUGAGUGGCUUGAAGGCAUGAAUCUGGGUUUAGGCUUGGGCUCCUCAGCUUGACUCACUGAGGCCCAAGGAGCCCUCCCUAUCCUCACCGGGCCCUGGGUUUCCUGGCCAAGCCUGGAUUUUUGGAGUGAGGUGUUUUGGCUUCAGUAGUCCCAGGCUGGUGAGGGUGGGCAGAGGCUGCGCCUUGGGACCCAUCAUACUAGUUCAGCACCUCUCAGUGCCACAUGCUGCUGCUCGAGGGCGAGUAUACAACCCCCAGGAGCUGUGCUUGGUUCCUCGGGCUCACCCAUCUAGGGCCUGGUGGGCUCCUGAAGCUGGUGCAGCUCUCUUGCUCUGUGCGGGCUGAAUGUACGAACCUAAUGCUGUGAAGGGAUUGGGAGCCUUGCCUUCUAGGCUGCUGUGAAUUCUGAGGGCCAGGGCCCGGCCAACACCUCUGGGCAGAGCUAGAAGCAUUUGCCCUCGGGCUGGUGUAUUUGUUCUAUUCAAAUAAAGGUACCUCUUUUCCACA